CCGCCCUGUGACCAGAAGUUUCAGCCAACUCUUAAAGAGCGCUCGGGCUAACGCGGCCAUGGCAAACAAGAAUGCCACAAGUCCUGCUCAUCCUGCAGUGCCUUGUACCACUCAGAAGCCUGCUGGUCAUCCUCAGCACGCUACUAGGCUUGGCGCCACUUUCUCACAAGAGAACAAUAAGCUGUCAGAGGGUACCAGCACUACAACUAUGAGAACAAGGACAGACCAUAUAGAAUCCCUCAGGAGAAGAGUAAUUCUAGCUGAGUCCGAAGUUGCUGAGGAGAAAGAGAAUGUGAGGAGAGGGUUGGAAGCGAUCAGGUGGAAGGACGCACAGCUCAAGGAGUUAAGGAAGAGAUCCAGUGCAAUGGAUAAAGAUAUCAGGAGGAAGGAUGCACAUCUCAAGGUGGCAAGGAAGAGAGUGAAAACAAAAGAGAGGUUACUUCAGAUCAUGUACAGCAUUUGGAUGGACAAAGCUGAGACAGAUGCAGAGAUGAAAGCACAGAAAGAAGUUGAAAUGCAGGAGCUGAAAGUGCAGAAAGAAGCUCAAGUACAGAAGGUGAUGAAGGAGAACGUGAGGCUACUUCGCAUUGUUGAUAAGGAGGAGGCACAGCUCCAAGCGAUGAGUGAGCAGUGCAAGUUGCUGGCACAGCAGAUACCGUGAGACAACUCAUGCUGGUUCCUUAGCUCCCAGGGCUCUAAAUUCUUCAUGCAGACGUUCAUUUCCUUA